GCAAUCUCAAACUAGGAUUAAAACCAGAGGCAGACCAAGAAAGACUAAAUCAUCAGUGAAAAUACCAAUCGACGACAACAAACUUGAACGCCUAGUGAAUACCAUCUCAAAUUUAACUGACAAAAUUGAUGAUCUUUCGAAUACCACCGUGGACUUGAAAGACUCUAUGGAAAUAAUGAAAAUCAACCUUAAUGCUAUGCAAACGACCAAUGCUGAUUUGGUGUCUCAAUUGGCAGCAAAAACAUCACAAUGCAAAGAUCUAAAUGAUGAAUGUAUACAUCUUCGCAAGCAUCUCACCUCCUUGAAAUCACAGAAUAGUAAUGAAUCCGAUAAGACACUAGUAAUAGGAAGCUCAAUAAUAAGAGACUUUGAUGAGAACAAGCUCAAUAACACUGAGGUGAAAUGUAUAAGCGGGGGCAAAAUCAAAGACGUCCAUGAACAUUUAUCGAAACUGAAUAAACCAGGACCAAAACCUUACAAGCGUAUCAUUCUACAAGUAGCGAGUAACGAUGCCUCCCAAAAAGAUGCCAAGCCUGAACCAAUCGUCAAUGAAUACAAGCUAAUGGUCACUGGUGCCAAAACUAUAUGUGAUGAAGUCCAUGUCUCCAGUAUUAUCCCCCGCACUGACAAGAAAUCCGCACAGGACGUUUUAGCAGCCGUGAAUGCAGAACUUGACUCUUUGUGCGAUGCUGAUGAGAAGCUCAAUUUCAUCAAUAACGAUAAAACAUUCCGUUUACAGGAUGGCUCCAUCAAUGAUGGCUAUCUUGAUAACAGAGGUCUCCAUCUGACUUAUGCAGGUUCUAACAAAUUGGCCCAAAAUAUGCAACUUGAUAGGAAAUUUGAGGACAUUACAAGGCCACGCCCUAAUCUCCGCAAACAGACCCAACCAAACUCGGAUGGCUGGCAGACUGUUAACCAUAAUAGGAAUAAAAACCAUCCUAACAAUGGCACAAACUCUCUUCCAAAUAAUAGGUCCAACAUAACACCAAACAGAUCUGGAAAUGCCACAGCUUGCUUUAAAUGUGGAGAAAGCAGCCACUUGGCCAGUGCUUGUUGGCAUCCUCAGUCCGUGAGGUGUUAUAUUUGUAACCAAUUAGGGCACAAGCAAACCAGAUGCCCAUCACUUAAUGACAAUUUUUCAAAUAAAUACUAGGUUUUGGGCUAUGUCACAGCCAUACCCUCAUUCCACAAUGAUAAGCAUACUCGUCAUUACCGUAACCGUGAAUCAUAUAAUCUUAAAAAGCGUUCGCAUCGACGAGGAGGUCAAAGAAAGCGCAAACGUAAAAACAUAUCUUUUAAAUUCGCCUAUAAUAAUGCCCAACGGUUCGGCGUGGCGAAACAAAUCCAACUCAACCAAAUUCUUCGCGAUCAUAAUUAUGACCUGUUUGCACUCACAGAAACAUUUUUCAGUGAUACUAACACCCCAACCAUAAUAAAUGAUGACUAUAUUUGGAAGGGUAAAGACAGACAUGGUAAAAAAGGUGGUGGAGUUGGGUUUCUAAUUCACAAAAGUAUAAUCUUACUUGAUGACAACCAUUUU